AUGACCAAUGCCCUGAAGGAGAAGGGCAUCUGGGGCGCAGUGGCGUCCGUUUCUGAAAGCCUCAAGAAAUAUCAGGGGUAUGCUAUGGACGCCUUCAAGGCUGGCGCGGAGCAAGCGGGUAAGAUGAGCCAGGUGUCUGUGGCCAUGGAGUAUGCCAAGGAGCUGUGGAGCAAGAUCACCGGAUCCGCUGCGGCGACAUCGUUCAUUGCUAAAGGCAAGGAGAUGGUAAUGCCAAUUUUGGAGGCCUAUGUGGACUAUCUGAAGAAGCUCCCAAACAUGGCCUAUGACACGGCGGCAAGCACUGGAGAGGUUGCCAAAGCUCCACUCAAGACUGCUACUGAAAAGGCCAACGCCCUGGUGGACUAUGUGGUGGGUUCUCCUUACUAUGCAAAGGCGCUGAAGACUGCCAGCGGCUACAUCACUUGGGCUCAAAACUCUGUUGUUGGCCAGAAGGUUGUCUCUGUGGUCUCUCCGUACGCAAUGCCAUACAUCGAGAAGAUUGAAAGCAACGAAUUCGUGCAUGGCAUCGUGGAGCGUCUCAAGGCGACGAAGAGCGACUAG